GGGAUGCGAAUCUCAUAAAAAGAAAUUCUGUAGCCAUACGGUUCUGUACAUAUGAGUUGUCCUUCAGCAUCGCAAAUGCAAGAAGAGAGCAUUGACGAUAAGCAACGUGUGCUUCCAAGUCAAGUACUGCGUUGUUUAUGAAUCGUUAAGACAGUAUUCAUUACUGAAUGGACCCAUCAUAUUAUUAACGACUUUGUUUUUAUAGCUAUGUACUAAGAUACAUAAGAUGGAAUUUAACUCUAGGUAUUACUAAACCAGUCACCAACAGCGUCCCCAAAAAUAUCCCCUGUGCAUCAUCAGAGUACAAGGGCGGUGGAUUAUCUAACCAAAAUUUUUAAAAUUUGACCUGACUGUGGAUUCUGCAGUUUCCAUCCAGACAGCAAACCAAAGGAAAAAAGCAUUCUGACCAGGCCUGUGUCAGUCCUUUUAAAGUUUUAAAAUUCACACCACGGAUUUUAUUUUCCUCCUAAAUAUUUUACUGGUAUACAUUUUUAAAUAAGUAGGUGUGUUUUUAAUCAAUAUUUUCAAUCAUGAAUAAAAUGGGGCCAUCAUUGGAGGCAGCUGAUAUUGCCGUUGUGGCACUUUAUUUUGUAUUGGUGGUGGCUAUUGGCUUAUUUGCCAUGUGGAAGGCCAACCGAAGCACCGUGAAUGGGUACUUUCUGGCUGGACGCUCAAUGACCUGGGUUGUCAUCGGCGCAUCGCUGUUUGUCAGUAACAUCGGUAGUGAGCAUUUUAUCGGCCUGGCAGGAUCUGGAGCAGCAAGUGGGUUCGCGGUGGGGGCCUGGGAGUUCAAUGCCUUGCUACUCCUGCAGCUUUUGGGUUGGGUCUUCAUCCCUGUUUAUAUUCAAUCAGGAGUGUACACCAUGCCAGAAUAUCUGUCCAAGCGUUAUGGUGGGAAUCGGCUCAAGGUGUAUUUUGCUGCCCUCUCCAUCCUGCUCUAUGUCUUUACCAGGCUCUCUGUGGACCUGUACGCAGGGGCACUGUUCAUGCACGAAUCUCUGGGCUGGAACCUGUACCUGUCCAUUAUCCUGCUGAUCAGCCUGACCGCCUUGCUGACUGUCACUGGUGGGCUGUUGGCUGUCAUCUACACCGACACCCUCCAGGCACUGCUUAUGAUUGCUGGGGCUAUGAGCCUGACAAUCAUCAGCCUGGUGAAGGUUGGGGGUUUGGAAGGGGUGCGGACCAAGUACAUGCAAGCUACACCAAACGUUACUGCCAUCCUGGCAAUGAGCAAUUUCACCUACACUAACACCUGCCGCAUCCACCCCAAGCCGCAGUCACUCAGAAUGCUCCGUGAUCCCCUGGAUGAGGACAUUCCAUGGCCUGGGUUCUUACUUGGACAGACUCCAGCAUCCAUCUGGUACUGGUGCGCCGAUCAAGUCAUUGUCCAGCGGGUGCUGGCAGCCAAGAACAUUGCUCAUGCUAAGGGCUCAACUCUAAUGGCGGGCUGUCUGAAGAUCCUGCCGAUGUUCAUCAUUGUCAUCCCUGGGAUGAUCUCCCGCAUCCUAUUUGCGGACGAACUGAUCUGCAUCAGCCCAGAGCACUGCAUGCAGGUAUGUGGGAGCCAGGCAGGCUGUUCCAACAUCGCCUACCCUCGUCUAGUCAUGAACAUCAUGCCAGUGGGGCUGCGGGGGCUGAUGAUGGCAGUAAUGAUCGCCGCCUUGAUGAGUGACCUGGACUCCAUCUUUAACAGCGCCAGCACCAUCUUCACGCUGGACAUUUACAAGAUGUUGCGGAAGAAUUCCACCGCCAGGGAGCUGAUGGUGGUGGGCAGGCUCUUUGUGGUCUUUAUGGUGGUCAUCAGCAUUGCCUGGGUGCCUGUCAUCAUUGAGAUGCAGGGGGGUCAGAUGUAUCUGUACAUCCAGGAGGUGGCCAAUUAUCUCACCCCUCCUGUUGCUGCCCUGUUCCUACUGGGUGUCUUCUGGAAGCGCUGUAAUGAGGCUGGUGCCUUCUGGGGGGGGAUGACUGGCUUCACCUUGGGGACCACCCGCCUCAUUCUGGCCUUCAUCUACCGGGAACCGCGUUGCGACCAGCCUGAUAAUCGACCCAUCUUCAUCAAGGAUAUCCACUACAUGUACGUGGCAGCUGGGCUGUUCUGGAUCUCUGGGCUGGUGGCGGUUGUGGUCAGCCUUUGCACCCCUCCUCCAAGCAAAGAGCAGGUCCUAACCACAACGAUUUGGGGGCUUCGUCAAAAGAAGAAGCUGUACAUGAAGGACCAAGAGGAGGCCUACAAGUUGACUGAAAAAAGCCCCGUCCACUGCAAUGGGACCAGCAACAAACACAAAGAGCUGCCGCCAGACCUCAAGAAGGAGAAGUGCCUGGAUGAAGCGGACAUCAAGCUGCUGAUCUCCACCCCGGAAGACCCAUCGACCCCCAGCACGGAGGCCUCUACACCCAUGGAACACUAUGGGAAUGGUCAGGUGGUGCUAGUACGCCAAGACAGUCCUGAAGAUCCCAGCGAGGCCAUCGGGGGCAAUGGGAAAUUAAUAAAAGUCUUUGACUGUUUAUGUGGCUACAAGGAGUCUGCUGCCAAAGACCAGCCUAAAGCUCCCAAGGAGGAAGAGCAGCUCAUUAUGGAAAUGCUGUACGAAUCCCCUAAAACCAAACUGAUGCUCAACUUGGGGCUCUUAGUGGUGUGCUCUCUAGGCAUCUUCAUGUUUGUUUAUUUCUCCUUGUAGUUGCAGACUGUACCCAGAAUGGGCAUGAAUAGCGGUGGAAGAGCUGUUAAGCUUUUUGGGGGUCUGUAAUAUUUACAGUGUAUUGUAGAUAGGUGGAUGAUUUCAAAUAGCAGUCGUUUGAAUAAUUAGUGGGGGGGAAAUAGAGAUUUGUUCCAUUGCAUUUGGUGACAGUGCUAUGAACCCUGAAAACAACUUGAAAAGUUGGCCUUAUUUAAUAUAUUUACUCUUGAGAUUAAUUGAUUCUUGUUUUCUCUUUUAAGUCAAACUUUGUCUGUAAGCAGGUCUCUGAGUUGCAGUGUUUUUUGGAGCCAUAUCCUGCGCAAAUGUAAUUGAUUUAUUUUGUAAGUGCACAUGUGCAUUUUGUUUGUACAGUCGAAUGGUUUAGUUUAAUUGAUCUUCCAUUGUCAAUGUUGUGUGGACCAUUCUAACCAAUCCUGUAUGUGUUUUCUUUUUCUAUUUUUGGUCUGUGCUGUGCUUUUGAGUGGUACACAUGCAUUUGAGACAUCUGUAAAUCUGUUUACAUCAGUCUAAAUGUAUUAUAUUGUCCAAAAGCAAUUACUACUCAUGCUGUUAUUACAUGGUGUGUGUGCAGAGGUCUAAAGACCACAAAAAGCCUUUACAGAUUGCAGGGACUUCACUAGUGCUGCCAUGCCCAACUUAUAGAACAAGCACAAGGUGUUAUGAUGUUCCAUUUUGUGAUUUUGUGUUAAUUGUAAUUCUGAUGUUAAAAAGGCUGUAGACAAAGACGAAAUGAAGAAAUUAAUAAGCUUAUACAUUUGUUUAUGUUAAGCUUUAAUAAUUUGUUCCAAAUAGAUAAUUAUGCAUUUGGUACUGAAAGAAUAUUGUGAAAACACUUUUUUAACAGGCUUUUUUAUACAGUGACUGCUCUGCAACUUGUAUUUAUUAAGCACUCCCCCCAAAGAUUAUGAAAUAAACAAAACUUAAAACCCAAGCAUUAAUAUGAUGUAUAUAUCUUUUGGUUUAUAAAGGCUAAAACAAAUCCUCCUUUCAAGAAAUCUGACAAAGAGAACUUACAGAUAUGGCUGCAGGAUUAUGAUAUGGAAGUGAACAUCACUACUCAUCAACAAACAUUUUCAUGAAAUAUGCACACGCAGCACAUGUGUGAAAGUAAUGGAAUAGAAAUGUAACUUCUUGUGCAUUAUAGAAAGUAUGUCCGUUACAUGUUUGUAUUUCUCACUGUGAAUGUGAUUUACUGUUGCUUUAUUGAUUUGCAUAUAUAUAUAUAUAUGUGUGUGUGUGUGUGUGUGUGUGUGUGUGUGUGUGCACAGAAAACAUACCUGUGCUCUGGCAAGCCAAUGUAUGAUUGUAAAAAGGGCUGCCAAUUACUGUUAAUGGGAUGUAAUUGGUUUAUAUACUUAUCUGCCGCCUCUGUCAUGAAGGUGGAUAUGUGAACAUGAAGCCAAUUCAACUCCAAAUGUUUUGCUGAAAUCUUGCUCAAAUACACUGAUUGUAUUUGAGCAAGAUUUCAGCAAAACAUUUGGAGUUGAAUGCACUCCCCCCACCACUUAUGAAAAUGGCUAUUUUCAGACAGCUUUUUUCCUUCAGAAAAAGGAAGCACUCAGAGGAAUUGUGUGCUGCUUGUACUAUAAUCUGAACUUUUGUCACACUGGCUUUGGACAAAACUAAACGUGGUGGGCAUUUUGUACAUAUUAGUGGGCUUCUCCCACCCCUCUUGUGCUUCGGUGUCAGCACCAAUUUUGUUUCAACCACUGUUGGAGAACAUGAGCUCAAUAGCUACCUUUGAUGUGCUUCCUGUGAAUGCAGGUCUGUUAACACAACCGCAGUCCAUUAGCAAGCCACUGCUCUCUAAAUGAAAUGUUUUUAGUAAAAUUGGGUUUUCUGAUGAAACACCAAGAAAUAUAGAAAGCUUCAUACAGGGCUAUUUAACUGUUCUUGGUUUUCAUAAAUUCAUAUUACGGGUGUUUCUUUUGAAUGAAUAGCAAAACUGUCACAGUUGUGGCAUUUGGAGGAGGUGCAGAUCAGUCUAUGAUCUAUUGACAAAUGUCUGGAAAACAAACACUGAUAUAACAUCAGCUGAGAUCCCAUGUUAGUUUAUUGGGAUGCCCCACUUACUUGCUGUGCAAAUACUUUUACUUCCUGUAGGAGCCUAAUUUGAGAGAGUCUUUCAUUUUGAAUGCACUGCAUUUAAUGGAAGUGAUAGUGGUCGUGGUUUUGUCAAUUUUGUGUUCUCUAAAAGAACUGAUUAAAAGAAAAUAAGAUAAUAGAUAAUAUUUAAAUGUAUUUUUUAAAAUGGAAACAUCCCUCUGCAAUCAGGAAUAGUGUCUAAGCAGGAAAACAUUAUUGAAAUUUGCUAUCGAGGAAUGCUUAUACAGCACAGCAGUGCAAAGCUGCCUGUUCUUCAGUGGUCCUUAUCCCUAAAGGUGUGUGCAUGGUUAUCAGGGACCUGAGGUUGUACACCCAGGCAACCCCAGACUAGCUCACCAAGACCAGCAAGCUGGCAAAUUAGAAAAGGAACUUGCCAGUGUGUUGACAGCACCUGUGCCUGUCCCAUCCUGAAAGGUGCCUCUCUGUGACCUGCUGGAUGAGGGGGUUUUCAUAAUUGCAUCAUGACAUUCUUGGGAUUCCAGUAAUGAUAAUAUCCUGCAGAAAACUCACGAAAAGAACCGAAUGCUUCAUUGUUGUCACUGUUUUCACUGGGUUCAGUUUGGAUUUAUUCAUGUAAUUACAUAUGAAAGUAUGCAUAUGUAGUUUUCAAAUAUAGUUAAGUUUUGGUCUUGAUUAGCUGGCUAUUGCUUAAAAUGAAUCCAUGCAGUUCUGUUCUUUUGGAAACUCUUGAUAUUACAUUUUGACACUCAGCUGUGUCAGGGUUGACUUUCAGCUGAAUAAAUAAUAAUAGUGGUUGUUGGCAUACAUUCAGCAACAUGAAUUCAAUGGGAAGUUGCUGCAGUGUCUUAAUUUUUCUCAUGGUGAAAGGAAAGUUAUGGUAACUGAGUGAGUUUAAUGUUUUACUUCCCAACAUAAUGCAUCAGACUCCCAGUUCUGGAGUAGAACAUUAUCAAAGAUAAUCAGUUCAGUCCUGAUCCAUGAUAGACAUUUAAAAGAAGCUACAUGUCACCAUUUUUGGGGUAAAGAUGAACAUUUGUUUCAGAUAUAUAUUGCUAUGUGUAAGCUGAUUGUGUGACAGUCUUGAGAGGUAGUUCAUAGAAAAUGUACAACAAAGUUUUAUUUUGUUAUACUAUUUCUUUUACUCAUUUGAUCAUUAUUGUUUCCUGAACUGUUCUCCAAGGACUGUGAUGAUGCUUACAUGCAGCCUUUUGAUAUGUCCUUUUCUCACCCAGUUUAAACAGUGAUCUCAUAGAAGUCAUAGAGGUUCUUUGGUGGGUUCUUUUUGUGAGGUUUACAGUAAACAUAUCAGUUAAGUUCACCAAUGUGAACUGGUCAUGCCCUGGACAAGUGUUUUCCCUUUCAAAAAUGUACUUUGUACAAUGAGAGGGCUUAUCUGUGUGGAGGGAAAUAUCUAAAUGCUUUAUUUUGGAAAUACAAUAUCUGUAAAAUGUAUUGGUUUAAAAUAAAUACAUAAAAUGUU